GUCACUCACUGUAAAUUAAACCUUUUUGUCCUCCUAUGUGUACAAUGAGUGCGUGUGCUAAACAAUUUGGAUAUGUGCUGUCAGCCUAUUCUUCAUAGAGUGGCCCAGGGGCAUAGUCCAUCACAGCCUGAUUUCUGUAACCUGGAGCUACACGAUGUGACUGUCACCUAUGGAAACCUCUUGCGUCCUAUUUAAGGGGACACAUACAAUAAGGUUCCAGAAUGGGAGACUGGUCUAUCUUGGGACGUCUACUAACGGAAGUCCAAAACCAUUCUACUGUAAUUGGAAAAAUAUGGCUGACAAUGCUCCUGAUAUUCCGAAUCCUCCUGGUAACACUGGUGGGAGAUGCAAUGUAUGGCGAUGAACAGUCUAAAUUCACAUGCAAUACCCUUCAACCUGGAUGCAACAAUGUAUGUUAUGACAGCUUUGCCCCGGUUUCACAUCUUAGAUUUUGGAUCUUUCAGAUCGUGCUAGUGUCCACACCUUCCAUUUUCUACAUCAUCUAUGUACUGCACAAAAUUGCUAAAGAUGAGAAGACUGAGCUAGAAAGGGCCUACAUAAUGGAACUUCUUCAAAGUUUAUCCAUUGGUGAACAUUUCCUGAAAACCAAACAAGGUUCAGAAGCAGAUGAGCAGGUGGAGGUUAAAGACAUAUCCAGAAAAGGAGAGAGGUUCAAGCCAAAGUUUUCUAAUGAUCCUGUGCGCUGUCCCAUUCCUGUGUUUGAUAAGAUGCACGUUAUUUACAUUGUCCAUGUGGUCCUCAGGUCAAUUAUGGAAGUGGUGUUCUUAGUUGGUCAAUUCUACCUUUAUGGCUUUGAAGUACCUCACCUAUUCCAGUGUCACACCUACCCUUGUCCUACUACAACAGACUGUUUUGUCUCCAGAGCUACUGAGAAGACAGUCUUUCUCAACUUCAUGUUCGGAGUUGGUCUUGGUUGUUUUAUUUUGAAUAUUGUGGAGCUGCAUUACCUUGGGUGGUUUUAUGUAUUUAGAAUCUUAGCGGUUGCUUGCAAUACUUGUUGUGAAUUUAAGAGCAGGAAGAAAAAGAGGCGCAUGGUACUGCACCCCGAGCAGAACAGUCUACUUAUACAUCUAAAGGACACUAUUCAAGAACGAUUUGUCCUGAAGACCUCAUCAAGCCUUUCCACAGAGAAAAUUGGCUGUCUACCUUCCCCACCAGUAAACACAAUUUCCUUCACAAAUGAUGACACUGAUGAUACUACCUCAAGGAGGAGUCCAGAUAUUAAACACUCUAAUAUAGCCAAAAUACCCAAGGGCAAGAAAUCAUGGCUAUAAGUGGUUGAAUUUUCAAACUGUCAUAGUGUUUUAAAAGAAAGUGUGGUAUUUGACUAUUUAGUUUACAUCUGGGUGAUUAUACAUUAGUCUAUAAUUGCAUGCAAUAUAUUUAAAUAUAUUUUUAAACUUGA